CCUAAUCAUAUAGCCAAGUUUGAGGAAAACCCUAAUUUCUAUUUUGAUUGAGAUGGUGAAUAUGUGAUGGGUUCUGAUGGAAUAGUAAAGAUGAUGGAGAUGGAGGCGUUGCCGAAGGGAUUCAGAUUCCGGCCGACGGAUGAGGAGCUCAUAAAUCAUUACCUAAGGCUCAAGAUCAACGGCCGUCAUUCCGAAGUAAAGGUUAUAGCCGAAGUUGAUGUCUGUAAAUGGGAGCCCUGGGAUCUUCCUGCACGGUCAGUGAUCAAGUCUGAUGACCGUGAAUGGUUCUUCUUCUGCCCGCGCGAUAGAAAAUAUCCAAAUGGACAACGUUCUAACAGGGCCACAGAAGCUGGUUAUUGGAAGGCCACUGGCAAGGAUCGUACUAUAAAAGCUCGCAAAUCAUCCUCUUCUGGUUGUUCUAAUGCCCAUUUCAUUGGCAUGAAAAAGACUCUGGUUUUCUACAGGGGUCGGGCUCCGAAGGGUGAACGUACAAGCUGGAUCAUGCAUGAGUAUCGUGCUACUGAACCAGAUCUUGAUGUCACCAGUCCUGGCCAGGGAGACUACGUCCUAUGCCGUUUGUUCCACAAGACAGAUGAGAAGCCAGAUAGUUCUAAAUAUGAUGAAGCUGAACCAACCGGAUUGUCUCCUUCCACAAACAAAUCCUCUCCUGAUGAGACAUCAUCAGAUGUUUUUCAAGAACCUUCAGUGCUAGAUAUGCCAAUAUGCAAGGAGUCUGGGGAUGAAAAGGGGCGGUUGACCUACGAGUCAGAAAACACGACUUUUAACAUUCUUACAUCUGUUAAAGGGUACAGAUCUGAUGGAGUAUUUCACUCGGCAGAAAAAUCAUCUCCUGAGGUAUAUUCACCACUAAGAGCAAAUUCAAUGUGCCAUGAUUCCACAAACAAUCAAAUUGAUCAUAAUGUUGUGUUGCCAUUGUCAUCACACAAUUAUACCGAAUUGGGGGCUUGCAUAGGUUCACCAUUUCCUGAUGACUUUGGCAAUGAUCACAAUGGAUUUCAUUUUCAAGAUGGCUCAUCUGAACAGGACGUGUCCCUGUCUGAGCUGUUGGAAGUCCUUCAGAAACGUCACAAUUACUCUUAUGAAGAGCCAACUAAUCACAAGCACUCGGUCAUGACUAACGAAUGCUUUGUGCCAGAACACACUAACAGGCUGAGUGAGAGGCCAUCUGCAAACUGUAAGCUAGGUGACUAUAAACACUACAGAGGGACAGAUACUGAAAUGGUUCAAGAGCAGGGGCAAACAUCUUCAAGAUUCUUCCCUGCUUUGUCAUUUGAUGGUUCUCUUUCAAAUUAUGCUGCUGAAAAAGAUGCUUCAUCUGCCAAUACUGUUAUGGAUUCAUAUUGCAACCCACAAGACUCACUCUAUCAGGCAAAUCCAAUCGAAGAUGGUAGAAAUCCUGUUGGUGGAACUGGGAUCAAGAUUCAGUUGCGCCAGCCUAGAAGUCUACAAAUUCCAGGAAGAGCUCAGGGAACUGCCUCUAGGAGAAUUCGUCUGUUGACGGAACCUGGACCAGAUUCUAUAUGUACUGACAAAUCUUUAAAUGCCAGCAUCACAGAAGAACAAGAGUCAGCAGUUAUGGAGGUUGGCAAAGAUAUUUACAGAACUUCCAAGUUACCUGAGCCAGAGGGAAGAAUUCUCAAUAAGAAAAUGAAUACUGCUCAAACAAGUAAUCCAAGACUUCAGUUAACAAAACAGGGUAGUGAAAAUGACAGUGCAAAGACAGGGUCGUUUAUGUUAUUGUUUGCUCCUAGGGUCGCACGUUAUUUGACCCUAUAUGCUGUCUGCUCAUAUCUAAUUAUAAUCCUGUCCAUAGUUUUCCUUGGGGUAUGGAAAUGUCCGAGUUUGCGGUCUUUGCAUGGUUAACGUGUCUAAUCAAGUCGAUUGUUAUUGAGGUCGUAGUUCUUUGCAGCUUGUGUAAAUCCUAUGUAGGAAAAUUUCAUGUUGCACAAUAAACUAAACUAGUUGCAAGAUCUGUACUUCAGAUUUCCUUAAAGCUUGUUGGAUGGAUUUACAUUUGUACAAACUAUUAUUGUUGUCAAAUUUUCAGCUUAUGUGUA